AUGUCUUCCCAAUACUAUCCCCCUCCUCCAUCGGGAGUUCAGGCCCAGCAAAACUAUCCGCCGCCGCCGCAAUCCCCUCCCGCGAACCAGACCAAGUUCUCAUACCCUGCUGCUCCCUCGCAACCUCAGCGCAGCCAUAGCGGAAGCUACCCUCCUCCGCCUCAGCUUUCGCAAGGGCAUGGGCAAAACUACCCUCCUCCGCCGCAGUCAAGCACGCUCCAGAACUACCCGCCGCCUCCUCAAGCCUCGCCAGGACAAGGCGCGAGCUACCCUCCUCCUCCGCAGGCGUCCCCGAGUCAGGGGAGAACGUACCCGCCUCCUCCCCAAGGCACCACGACUCCCUCACAGAACCCUUCGCAAUACCCGCCGCCUCCCGGUCUUUCUCAGCAGCAGCAGUACCAAUCACCCCCUCAGCAGUCGCCGCAGCCUUCUCCUCAGCACCAGCAGCAUCAACAGACGCAGCUUCCCCUACGAGAAUCGGGCACCCCCGAAUCGCAGCCUCAAUUCUCCCCUCCGCCUCCCAGCUUCGACGGUCCGCCCGAGGCCUCCAGCCUGCCAGAGAAGCAGUAUGUGGAGGAAACGCCGGUCGACACGAGCAACCCGUCCAAUCUCGUGGGAGGCGCGCCGCCGCCUCAGCACUUCAUAGGCGCCACCGCGAUUGUCGACGAUGUCGGGACCUUUAAUGGCGGUAGUUACCGCAUUAGCCACCGAGACAGCAAUACCAUUCUGACCGUCCAGCUGGCGAUGGGGUGCCCGUUGCACGCGAAGCCGGGCGUCAUGGUCGCGAUGUCGCAUUCCAUCACCCUCAGGGGCCAGAUCAAGUUCAGCAUGAAGAAGCUCGUGGCCGGGGCUGAGCUGGCUAGCUCGACCUACGUUGGCCCGGGCGAGCUUCUGCUGGCACCUCCCAUGCUUGGUGAUAUCACCAGUCUGCGUCUCACAGGCAAGGAGACGUGGUCGGUUGGACAUGAUGCCUGGCUGGCCUCCACGCAGGGCGUCGUCAAAGAUUAUAAGCGCCAAGGCCUCAGCAAAGCCAUCUUCAGUGGUGAGGGCUUGUAUGUGUACAAGAUGAGCGGUACUGGCCUGCUCUGGCUGACUAGUUUUGGUGCUAUCAUCCGCAAAGACCUCAUGGAAGGCGAGAAGUAUGUUGUUGAUAACGGCCACUUGGUGGCAUGGAACGUGAAAUACAUCAUGGAACGAGUCGCUUCCGGCGGCAUCAUCUCUGGCCUCUCCUCUGGCGAAGGUCUGGUGUGUAAAUUCACCGGCCCAGGCACUGUCUUCAUACAGACGAGAAAUCCGAAACAUUUCAGUGCCUACCUGUCCGGCCAGGCAAGCCAAUCCGUAGACAUGGAGAAGGCGGCGGCGGCGGCGUUGGCCUCGGCCAACUGGCGGAGACCGUUGCUUCCCCACGACCAAAAUACACGACACAUCGAGAUACGUCGCAUACAGGGGAAUUCGAGCUCUGGCACCGACUUUAAUGUGUCUGAUUCAGCUAGCUACUGGCGCAACCCCGUGGCCGGUGUCCAACCCUUUCAGACCGCGACUGAUCCCGUAUUCAGAGACAACAGUCAUGCCUCAGCCGGCCCAAAGGGCAUGGCCGAUGGCAAGCAGGAUCCCGACUCUCUGGUCUUGGACGUUUUUAUUCAUGAGUGCACCGAUCCCAAGUGCAAGGAACACAACGGCAUGUUCAACAAUGCAGAGUUACGCAGGAUUGGAAAUGCGAACCGUUUCAAGUCGCAGACUCGAAAUGAGGGUCUUGCCGACUUCGAGAAGCAGUUGGAGAGUGUCGGAAUCACGCCUCGAAAGUCCUCCAUGAUUGAUCGCAUGCUUCCCUGCAAGCAUAAGAGCGACACAUCCGGCGAUAAGGAUCACUCUAAAGACAUCCGGAGAAGGCAAAGCCGGAGUGACUCUGCGGUCAUUCAUGACCCAGCAAUUGUCAAUAUUAGUCUCCGGAAUACUAAGGCAAUGAACAGCGGUUCUGUAUAUCAUCAAGCUGACCGCUUUCAAGAGCUCCUGCGAAAGCUCCAACGGCCCCCAGAAGAAGGACAGUCAAAAUCUACGACCGAGACGAAUGGCAGUAAUCGUCCAAAACAAGAUUCGGAGGAUUCUGGGGUUGAUGUCAGAGGCCCGCACAAGCCUCGAACCCUCAAUCCACUGGCAAGGGAGUUUUCUGUACCCGCCCCUCAGACAUCUUCAGCUACAACAGACAAGGCUGAAGAGACGGAUAUGAAAACCAUCAUCUCGCUUCUUGAGCAAUUAGUCGGCAGAGAGGUCAUCAAAUCUCCCAAAAAUGAUUUGAGCGAGAUUGUUGCCAACACACUCUCAAAGUUUGGCAUCCCAGUAACGCAGCAUCAGCAAGCCAGUCCGUCGUCUACAUUUUCCCCAUUCGUGCCAAACUCAGCCUUGCAUCCGUCUCUUCUUCAACAAAUUCCUUCAGCACCUUUUAGUCCAGCUUUUGUUCUUCAGAACAAUGUCACGGCACCGCCACUAGGCAUUUCCCCCCCGAUUCCCGCCGCACCAUUCAACCCGUCUGCGACGGGCUUUGCACCAUCAUGUGCGCACAACGCAACCAGACCCCCUCCGCUGCCUCUCGGUUCCCCGUUCGAUCCAGCUCAUUCUGCUUCACUCCUGUCUGCUCAUGGCUCUCAGACAAGCAGCGUUACCCCGGCCACUGGCUUUGGUCGACAAAUGGCCAACAAUCCAGCCUUACCCAUUCCUCGAAUUUGGACCGCUCCCUAUCCGACGCAAACACCAGUGCCCUAUAACGGGUCUUUGCUGAACGCGAACGCUCCUGUGUUCGGUCCUGGAAUAGGACCAAUGGCCGCUCCUAAGCCACGAGUCCCUGACGCAGCUGGUCAGCAGAGUUAUGAGGCAUACAUUGAAUGGCGCAAAGCGAACGAGCCCGGCUAUGCCCUUGAAUGCAAAGCAAGACAAGCCAAGAGAGCACUUCGUCCUAAUUCUGGCUGA